ACUCAAUUCCAGGAAAUCAGCACAGUGAAGUUUCUGUUGUGAAAUUGUCAGUCUCUCUCUCGUGGCAGCAAGAAUGGCUUCAAACUUGUGGUCAGAGGAUCAGUUCAGCUGUUCAGUGUGUCUGGAGCUAUUGAAGGACCCAGUCACUAUUCCAUGUGGACACAGUUACUGUAUGGGGUGUAUUAAGAACUGCUGGGAUGAGACUGAUCAUACAGGUGUCUACAGCUGCCCCCAUUGCAGAGAGACCUUUACCCCAAGGCCUGUUCUGCGCAGAAACACCGUGCUGGCUGAAGUUGUGGAGAAAUUAAAGAAGACAGGACUCAAUCCUCCUCCUGCUCAAAGUUAUGCUGGACCUGGAGAUGUGCCGUGUGAUUUCUGCACUGGGAGAAAGUUCAAAGCUGUGAAAUCCUGUUUGACGUGCCUGGCCUCUUACUGUGAAACACACGUCAAGCCACACUAUGAGGGGGCUGCUUUCAAGAGGCACAAGCUGGUCAAUGCAUUUGGAAAUCUGGAGCAGAAGCUUUGUGCUGAACACCAAAAGGUUUUGGAGGUCUUCUGUAGAACCGAUCAGACGUGUAUUUGCUUGUUGUGUACACAGGAUGAACACAAGAGUCAUGAUACAGUCUCAGCUGAGACAGAAAGGACUGGGAAACAGGUAAGGGUUUGAACCAUUUCCUUGUAGCUAUCCUAGAAGAUAAGAAUUCCCAGGGAUAUUUAACAUGUCUGUUUACUAGGUUAUACAGUUUCACAUUAGAUCAGAUUUUAAUUGUAUAUUAAGAGCUAUUUAAAGAGCCCUAGUUUUUUAAUUGCUCUCUCUAAACUAUGAUGUAUUACAAUGUAUUUCAGGGUGUAACAGGGGCGUUGUUAUGGGUGUGGCUAUCGCUGAUUGACAGGAGAGACA